UGUGGAAUAGAAUUUGCAACAGAACAUGUCCUUCCACUUCUUGUGCCUCUACUUCUCUCACAGCACCUAAAUGUCCAACAAUUUGCAAAAUAUAUGGCUUUUGUCAAGGAUAUUCUCAGGAAAGUAGAAGAGAAAAAAGGUGUGACGCUAAGCAACACCGGAGUCUCUGAGGUAAUAAAACCAUCCCCUGGCAGUGUUAUUGGGCCUCAGCAGCAGUUGGGGCAAGCAAAUAAACCCGGUGUAACCGCUCCAUCUACUACAAGAUCCAGCCCUUCUUGGGAUGAAGACUGGACUUCCUCCAGAGGACCACCUUCAGUUUCCCAGCAGUCAACCUCAUCGGCCAGCCACCCGAGCGUACCUAACCACCAUUCAACCAAUAAAAAUGACUCUGCUGCUUCUACCACCCAACCACUUCCCUCUUGUCCUGCCGUUGAUCUAGAGUGGCCCCCACGGUCCUCGCCUCUAGAAGAUUCAAAGGGAAGAAAAGGCGCAUCAAACGGUAGCAGCUUUGAUGAUAUUGAUCCUUUUGCCAACUGGCCCCCACCUCGUGCCCCUAGUGGCUCAACCGUCUCUUCAGUGCCCUUAAACAAUGGGACACCAACCUCAUCCUUCAACACCAAUGGUCCCAAUGAUGAUGCUAUGGGCAACAAAUGGUCUUUUGGCACCCCAAUGUCUUAUGAGCCGCUGAAGCAGAACCAAGGGAAUUCCUCGUUGAAUUUUGGUAGUGGUUCUCUUGGGUACAUGAAGAAAACUCACGAAUCGUCUACUUCUGAGAAACCAUCCAUGGAUAUAGGGUCCAUUUUCUCUUCCCCAAACAAGAGUGAGCAGGCCAUUGCCUCACUCAGGAUUGCCCCACCCCCAUCUACUGCCAUUGGUAGAGGAAGGGGAAGAGGGCGAGGAAGUCAAGGACAACCCGGGACUGCCAGCUCAUCAUCGCGGAAGUCUCAACCGGAGCAACCAAACCUGCUUGAUUUGCUUUAGUGAAAACCAACCAACCAUCCAUCCAUCCAUCAUGUUAUCAAAACUGAAAAGAAAAUGAGGUACAUAUUAUCCCACGCCAUGCUUAUCCUUUUGCCUUUUUUUAAAUAUAUUUUUUAUACUGAAAUCGAGAAACGAAAAAAAAGAAAAAGAAAGAAGUGUUCAUAGCAGCCGUGAGCUCAUGGAGAUUUUGCCUUUAAGAAUGUAGCUUGUUGUGGAAUAUAUGGUUCUCCUCCUCUUGAUACUUUGUGGAGCAGCAUAGCAUGGGGACAAA